AUGGUCCGCCAAGUCCGACCCCCAAAGCCCACCCCAACCAUCAGUGCCUCGGCCACCCUGCGCGACGACAACGAUCCACCAAACACCCUGGACCAGAACGCCACAUCCGCAAUCGAUCUGACUCUCGGCUUGAUGACUGUCCCACAGCUUCGGCAGCACCUCCGAACCCAUUCCAUUCGCUUUCCGUCCCGGGCGAGGAAGGCAGAGCUCGUCCGACUAGCUGCAGAGCAUCGCAAGCAGACUUCGGACGUCGAAUUCGAGCCAGACCUCUCCAUCGACAGUCUCGAGACAACACUCAAUCAGUCUGCAGCCGAACAAACCACUCUGAACGAGCAGGCAUCCCGACCCACCACCACACCUCUGACCUCCCCAGCCGCUUCGGCUCAAGAUGUGGAGGAAAUGACCAUCGCCCAGUUGCGUGGAUACUUGCAGGCCUUUGCAAUCGCUGUACCAAGCCGAGCCCGCAAGCCCCGGCUCCUGCAGCUCGUGAAGGAACAUCAAGCCAAAUCGUCUGACAUCCAGACUGGCGAUUUGACUACCCUCUCCGCCCAGCUUUCAGAACUCUCUAUUGAGGAAGACAAGGCCAUAGCUGACUCCACCACCGACGAUUCAACCGACGGGCCCAUCACUGGCGUCUCGACCGAGGUCGACACCAACACGCCCCUCCCAAACAUACCCAACCCCACUGACGACAUUUCCUAUCUACACCCAAGCUUCAACCCAAAUUGUCUUACGAUUCCAAAGUUGCGGAAUCUGCUGGCCGCUCAUGAAGUCAAUUACACCAAGGCCAAGAACAAGUCUGAGCUCAUCGAACUUUUCGAGUCAAACAUAGUGCCAAAAGCAGUGGCCACAAUCGAGGCCAUAGGCAACAUCGAGAAAACCGAUGAAGGCAUUGUCGACGCCUAA